AUGUUUUCGGUAUCUUGUCAUCGUCUCAGGAUAGACAAGAUUUGCGUGGGCGCGGAUGAAGCCAUCGAAAAUGUUCGAAGCGGCUCUAUGAUUCUUGUCGGCGGUUUCGGCUUCUCAGGGGUGCCUGCUACUUUGAUCAACAGUAUUCGAGAUCGUAAAGACCUCGGGAACUUGACCAUCGUAUCUAAUAAUGCCGGCAUGCCAGGUGUUGGACUCGGACAGUUGCUUGAAACGGGACAAAUCGGCAAAAUGAUUGCUUCCUACGUCGGGGAGAACCAACUCUUCGAGAGCCAAUACAUCACGGGAAAGCUCGACCUUGAGCUGCUCCCGCAGGGAACUAUCGCUGAAAGGUGUGCUGCAGGAGCCGCUGGCGUGCCAGCCUUUUACACACCAGCAGCAUUCGGGACUAUAGUGCAAACGGGUGAGCUUCCCGUCCGGUACAACCCAGAUAAGACAGUCGCUGUCAUGUCGAAGCCAAGGGAGACUCGUGAGUUCAACGGAAAGUAUUUCGUCAUGGAAGAGUCUUUCUUCGGUGAUGUAGCCCUUGUCAAGGUCAACAAGGCAGAUCGACUAGGCAACUGCACAUUUCGAAAAGCGCAGAACAACUUCAAUGAAGUGAUGGCGAAAAACGCCAAAUACACCAUCGUGGAGGCGGAUGAGAUUGUCGAAGUUGGGGAUAUCGCACCCGAAAACAUCCAAUUACAGGGCAUCUAUGUUGACAAAGUCAUCCUAAGCACGGAGCCGAAAAAGAUCGAGAAGCUCACACUGGCGAAAUCCCCGGAAGAAGUGGUAGCGACUGCUUCUAGUUCCAAAGAUACGAACAAACGAGAGCGAAUUAUCAAGCGAGCGGCCAAGGAAUUGAAGGACGGUAUGUACGUCAAUCUGGGAAUUGGGAUUCCCCUUGCUACACCAGCCUUGGUGCCAGACGGAAUCGAAGUUAUACUGCAAUCCGAGAACGGUAUUCUAGGAAUGGGUCCCUACCCAAUCAAGGGCGAAGAAGACCCAGAUCUCAUCAACCCUGGCAAGGAGACGGUUACACUGAACCCAGGCGCGUCGGUUUUCGGCAGUCACGAGAGCUUCGGAAUGAUCCGUGCUGGUAAAAUCGAUGUGACAAUGCUGGGUGCCUUGCAGGUUAGCUCAUAUGGAGAUCUAGCUAAUUUCAUGCUGCCCGGAAAGGUCAAGGGCAUUGGCGGAGCAAUGGACUUGGUAGCUAACCCGGAGAAGACGAGGGUGAUUAUCACUAUGGAGCAUGUCGAUCGGAAGGGAAACCCUAAAAUCAUGGAAUCCUGCACUUUCCCCCUCACUGGGCAACGGUGUGUUUCUAGGAUAAUCACGGAUAUUGCUGUUUUUGACUGUACACCCGAGGGCUUAGUCCUCCGGGAAUUGGUGCCGGAAAUGAGUAUUGAGGAGCUCAAGUCGAUGACCGAAGCUAGCUUCAAGAUAGCUGAGGAUUUUAAGGAUUAUGAGACAUAG